UAUAAAAAUAUCUUGCUGAGAUAUAUGAAAAUUUAUCAAUAAUUUUUUAACGUAAUUAUGCCUGAAUCGAUACACUGUAACGCAAUUUUAUAUAUAUAUAUAUAAUAUAAAAUUGUUUUUAAGGACAUAUUUAUGUAUUAUAAAUACUCUUUGUACAAAACUGUAAUAUGUAUCAUUCGGGAGAAGAACUUACUUGACAGAAAACUUUUUGCAUUAUCGUUAUUCCGUACCGCGUCACGCUUUGAAGAAUUAAGUGGAGAACUUUUAAACAAUCAGGCGUAUGAUUGACAUGUACCAAUGUCCUUGUCUCUUGAUAGUUGGGGCUUAAAUCAUUAAUAAAUUAAGUCGGUUGCAGUGGGAGGCGGCAGCCCUCCAGCCGCUCAAAUACUCAUUUCCUGCGUCAGACAGCACAACUCUUCGGUCCGCUGUAAAGUGUAGAAUGUUAAAGUUGGCUCUAUCCGGAAAAAUCGAAAAGGUAUCAUCGUCGAAGGGAUCAUCGUCGUAGAGAUUGAAAUUUCCGACAGAUCUCUGUCAGAGUGAUGGAUAGCAGCGGCGACGGUAGUAAUAAACUCACGCUCGACGCUGUGCGCGAGUUAAUUAUCGAAAAUGAGCCCGACGUGGAGAUUCAUGAUUUGGACGAAGAACCAGGAUCGGGAAGAGGAGACAAUUAUACUUCGAUGUUGUACCGGGUCCGGGCGAAGGGGCGUAAACUGUUGAAAAAAGAAGAAUGGAUUAAUUACGAGUGCGCUAUCAUUUAUAAGAUUCUGCCGGAAUCUAAGAUACGUCGCGAAGCAUUCAAAAGCGAAAUGCUAUUCAGAAAUGAGGUCGUGUUCUACAAGCAUGUGUGGCCUGCAUUGAACAGACUUCAAUCGAACGAUAGAAGGGUGUUCAGCGGGGUACCCAAAAUAUAUGCCGCUAGAGCCAAUCUUAUUGCUAUGGAGGAUCUGAGAGUGAGAGGCUUUAAAAUGGCAGAUAGACGGAAAGGGCUAGAGAUGGAAAACUUGAGACACGUGUUGAAAGCUCUAGCGGGCUUUCACGCACUUAGCUUAACGCUAAAGGAAUCUAGGCCGGAGGAGUUCACGAAAUUAACAAAUCCGGAACACGAUCAAAGUAUACGAGAAACAUUAUUUCGACGAGACAAUGAAGAUUGGUAUCGACAAUAUUAUCGCGUUGCCGUGAAUAACGCUAUCAGAAUGGUAUCCGAAGCGCUACCUUUGCACAUGGAUCACAGGAGAGAGGAAAUAAUGACAAAGCUGCAAGCUUUCCUAAACGAAAACGUAUUUUUUCGCACUAUGAGCGAGCUUGUCUCUGCGCAAGGACCUCUCUCCGUAUUUUGUCACGGCGAUUGCUGGACCAACAAUAUCCUCCUUCGGGAUGAACCAAGUUCGGAUACAGAGGCCGUUUAUCUUGUCGAUUUUCAACUGACGCGGGUUGGCUCCCUCGCUCUUGAUCUUGCGAACUUGCUAUACUGCUGCACAAGUGGUGUUGUUAGGCGGGCUUACAUGACACAGCUUCUCCAGCAUUAUCAUUCCCAUCUGAUGUCUUCCUUGCGUGUCCUCAAUCCGAAACAACCACCGAAAGAUUCAUCUGUCGUAUGGGAAUUACUGAACGAAGAGAUGCGAAGAUGCGGACGAUUCGGAUUGGGAUUGGCACUGGAUAUACUGCCAAUUAGUACAUGCGCGAGUCACGAAGCACCGAAUUUGUACGAGACGAGUAGCGCGGAAACUAGUAGCGAGGAGAAACAUGUUACGGUAGAAGCACCACCACCUGGAGGUGCCGAGUGUGCGCGACUCAUGACUGACUUAGUGUUGGAAUUAAUAGACAAUAAUGCUUUGUAGAUCAAAAUAUAUAUCGCAUUAUCCCUGGUAAUAGUGUAUAUAGAAUAAUAUGUUUAAUACAUAUUAUACAUAUAUCUUA